AUGGCGAUGGCUGCACUGAGACGCGAGGGAAGGCGAUUGGCCGCUCCUCUCAUGGCCCCGCGCCCAGUUUACCCUAUCCAAUCCACUCCGGUUUCGUACGAGGAGCAUGCUGUUUUUGGAGUUCGCUCCAUUUCAACUCAAGUUGUCCGCAAUCGAAUGAAGAGUGUCCGAAAUAUUCAGAAAAUCACAAAGGCAAUGAAGAUGGUUGCAGCUUCAAAGCUCCGAGCCAUCCAAACAAAAGCUGAAAACUCACGUGGACUAUGGCAGCCAUUCACUGCUCUUCUUGGUGACAUUCCUAGCGUUGAUGUCAAGAAAAAUGUCAUUGUUACGAUCUCUUCAGACAAAGGUCUUUGUGGUGGCAUCAAUUCUACAGCUGUCAAGAUAAGCAGGGGUCUCCAUAAGUUGAAUUCUGGUCCUGAAAAGGAGUGUAAGUAUGUCAUUCUUGGAGAAAAGGCGAAGGCCCAACUUGUGAGGGACUCGAAAAAUGACAUCCUGCUAGCGAUUACAGAGUUGCAAAAGAAUCCUCUGAACUAUACACAGGUUGCUGUGCUAGCAGAUGACAUCCUAAAGAAUGUCGAGUAUGAUGCAUUAAGGAUCGUGUAUAAUAAGUUCCAUUCGGUGGUGUCAUUCGUGCCAACGACGUCUACUGUGUUAUCUCCUGAGGUUGUAGAGAGAGAAGCCGAGGCUGGUGGAAAACUCGGGGAACUGGAUAACUAUGAAAUCGAAGGUGGUGAAUCUAAGUCGGAAGUGCUUCAGAAUCUCUCCGAGUUCCAGUUUUCUUGUGUGAUGUUCAAUGCAGUCCUAGAAAAUGCAUGCAGUGAGCAAGGUGCUAGGAUGUCUGCCAUGGAUAGCUCCAGCAGGAAUGCGGGUGAUAUGCUUGAUCGUCUCACUCUCACUUAUAACAGAACUCGUCAAGCAUCCAUCACGACCGAACUCAUUGAGAUCAUAUCUGGAGCAUCAGCACUGGAAGGCUAA